CUGUUCAGCACAUUGUGAAGUGGUCAGGGUGAGAAGGAGAGUCAGACCAAGUCAGGAAGAAGCCAACAGGAGGGUUCCUCCAAGUCAGUGUUUCUUUGCAGCAUGGGGAAUUCUAAGAGUGGGGCACUGUCCAAGGAACUUCUGGAGGACCUGAAGUCCAAUACUAAGUACAACGAGGCCGAGCUGUGUGUCUGGUACCAGUCCUUCCUCAAGGAAUGCCCCACAGGCAGGAUCACCAAGGAGCAAUUUGAGGGCAUCUAUGCCAGCUUCUUCCCUAAUGCAGACCCUACUGAGUACGCAAGGCAUGUCUUUAGGAGCUUUGAUACCAACGCAGAUGGUCAACUGGACUUUAAGGAGUACAUUGUGGCCCUGCACCUUACCUCCGGAGGCAAGACCCUGCAGAAGCUAGAGUGGGCCUUCGCMCUCUACGACGUGGAUGGAAACGGAACCAUCAGCAAAAAUGAGAUCCAAGAGAUUGUUAAGUCAAUAUUUAACAUGAUCCCYGAGGAAGACCAAAAGGACCUGCCUGAAGAUGAGAACACACCUGAUAAGAGAGCAGACAAAGUCUGGGACUUUUUUGGAAAGAAAGAAGAUGACAAGAUUGCAGAGAGGGAAUUCAUUCAAGGAGUGAUGGACAACAAGGACAUCCUACGGUUGAUUCAGUAYGAUGAGCCCCAGAAAAUCAAGGACAAACUGAAGGAGAAGAAACAAUAGCUUUCCGACAAAAUCAUUCUUUUGAAUUCUAUAAGACUGUUCAAAGCUUUACUGUUUACAAACCCAACUCUCCUGCCAGACCUGGGCUCUUUGUGCGCUAGACAACAUUGGCAUACACAUUGAAGUACYGCACAUUGUGGUGGAUGACCUGUUUGUCUAUGAGCCACCUGGACUUUUCUUCACACUCAAAUAACUGUUCCGCGCUYUAGAAUUAUGGGUGUUCWUUUCUAUUUCCURAUGAAAUAAUGGUUUCCAAGAUUCUGUUGCCUGCUGCUGUGUUCACCUGCAUUMAUUAGUUUAAUAAAGAGAAAGCCACCAGGAAAGGACCCACUGGGCACACACUGGUUGAAUCAAUGUUGUUUCCAUGAUAUUUCAAUGAAAUUACGUCGRACCAACAUAGAAUUGACAUCUGUGCCCAGUGGGGAGCUCCUUAUGAAGGGAAUUAGGCUGAAGUUAACACUCCCUGUCUUACUAUCAAUCCUAUUAGUAUGUGAAGGUCAGUUUAGAAACAKCCUGCCAGAGGUUUCUUAUUAAGGUAAUCAUAUCUAUAGAAUGUGUCUGAUAAUGUGCUUAGCAGGACUGAAACCUCAUACAAUGUACAGUAUUCAACUGGUAGAACAAAGGAAAAGGAGUCUUUUUCUUGAAUAUUGUUGACAUUUUGUUGAUGCUGUCAGAGACUGCUGGAAACUAUAUAAUAAAAAACGCUGUGAAAAAUGA